AUGAACGAUCUUAUGCAAAUGAUGCAAAUGAUGGAAGUCAGGAUGUCAGAACAGCUAGACAGACAGCUUGGACCAAUCAAAGACAAGCUAGAAAAGCUAGAAUCCAAGAUACUAAGACAGCGAUCAGGUUCCCAAGGCCAAACGCAUACAAAAGAGACGGAGAAAACGGCUACAAUCACUCCUACUCCUCCUCCAAGCUUACCGCUUCAAAACGCGUCCUCCCAAGCCAAAACGCAUACAAAAGAGACGGAGAAACAGGCUACACAUGUAUCGCUUAAAGCCACGGUUUCUGACCAAUCAGAAGACGAUCAAGAGCUCUCAAAUCAGCUUGCAAAAGGACAACUUGCAGCCACGAUCGCGUUCUCGCUCAAGGAGUGA